AUGGAACAUGUCAAGCGCUUCUCCUUCUUCAUCCUCUUCUCCUUUUUCUCCUUCUUGUUUCCUCUGUUGCAAUCUCAAGACCUCCAAACCUACAUCAUCCAACUCCAUCCCAAGACUCAAAUAACCUCAAACCACCACCAAUGGCACCUCUCUUUGCUGCCCUCCUCCUCCCGCCUACUCUACUCCUACCACACCGCCCUCAUCGGCUUCGCGGCCCUUCUUUCCCCCGAAGAAGCCGACACUCUCCGGGCCUGCCCGGAAGUAAUUGCCGUCCGUCCUGACCGCCGCCUCCAACUCCACACCACAUACUCCUACAAAUUCCUCGGACUUGCCGGCACCGCCGAAUCCCCCGGGGCCUGGCCUCGCUCUAACUUCGGCCGGGGUGCCAUCAUCGGCAUUCUCGACACUGGCGUUUGGCCGGAAAGUCCCAGCUUUUCUGACCGCGGCAUGCCGCCAGUCCCUUCCAGAUGGAAAGGCUCUUGCCAAAUCGGCGAGAACUUUAACUCUACAAAUUGCAACCGCAAGCUCAUCGGAGCCAAAUUUUACUCCAAGGGCCACCGCGCCAAUGCUCCGGAAGCCGGCACCGCCGCCUUAGAAUACGUCUCCCCCCGCGACGCCCACGGCCACGGGACCCACACUUCCUCCACAGCCGCCGGCGCAGCUGUCAUCGGAGCCAGUGUGCUAGGCGCCGGCAUUGGUCAGGCGACCGGCAUGGCUCCCGGGGCCCACAUCGCCGUUUACAAGGUGUGCUGGUUUAACGGAUGUUAUAGCUCCGACAUCCUCGCCGGAAUGGACGACGCCGUUCGCGACGGAGUCGAUGUGCUUUCUCUCUCACUUGGAGGAUUCCCUCUGCCACUGUUUGAGGAUAGCAUUGCUAUUGGCAGCUUUCGAGCCGUUGAGCGAGGCAUCGCCGUAGUUUGCGCCGGCGGGAAUAAUGGGCCCGUUGCUAGCUCUGUCGCAAAUGAAGCACCGUGGAUUACGACGGUCGGCGCCGGCACGAUGGACCGAAGGUUCCCAGCCGUUGUCCGGUUGGCUAACGGUCGUCUUCUUUACGGGGAGUCCGUUAUCGGAUUUUCAAAAAUUGGCGGGAAGGUGCCGGAGCUCGAGCUGGUUUACGACAAUCGCGGGAACAGGGGAGCUGAGUUCUGUUUCAGGGGCUCGCUUUCAAAGUCCAAAGUCAAAGGCAAAAUAGUCGUUUGCGACCGUGGAGUCAACGGUCGAGCUGAGAAAGGCGAAGCCGUCAAAGAAGCUGGCGGCGCCGCCAUGAUUCUCGCAAACUCCGAAAUCAACCAACAAGAGGACUCUCUCGACGCCCACGUUCUCCCCUCUACUCUCAUCGGCUUCGCCCAAUCCCUCGAACUCAAAUCCUUCAUCAACUCCACUAAAUCCCCCAAAGCUCGCAUCAUCUUCGCCGCCACAGCCACCACCGGCAAAUCACGAGCCCCCUCCGUCGCCCUCUUCUCCUCACGGGGCCCGAGCCUAACCAUCCCCUCUGUUCUAAAGCCCGAUAUCAUCGCCCCGGGUGUUAACAUCAUCGCCGCUUGGCCCGAAAACCUCGGCCCAUCGGGCCUUUCCGAGGAUCACAGGCGUUCGAAUUUCAGCAUUUUGUCGGGGACUUCUAUGGCUUGCCCGCACGUGAGCGGGAUUGCGGCGUUGGUUCGGGCCGCGCAUCCGGGCUGGAGCCCGGCGGCGGUCCGAUCAGCUAUCAUGACGACGGCCGAUGUGUUGGACCGGUAUGGAAAACCGAUAAUGGAUGGCGUCGAGCCGGCCGGUUUUUUCGCGAUGGGAGCUGGCCAUAUUAAUCCGAGCAAGGCUAUGAAUCCGGGACUGGUUUACGAUAUUGAACCGGAAGACUACGUAAUUCAUCUAUGCUCUCAUGGGUAUACCAAGUCAGAGAUGUUUGCUAUUACACACAGGAUUGUGGAUUGCCAUGACACAAUGAAGAAGAACAAAUUGUUCAAUUUGAACUAUCCUUCAAUUUCUGUGGAGUUCAAUAAGGGACAAAAUGUGAUUUUGACAAGAAGAACAGCUAUGAAUGUGGGGAAGAACAAUUCAACUUAUUUUGUAAAAGUGAGGCAACCAAAUGGAGUGAGGGUGAGAGUGGAGCCUAAGAGAUUGAGCUUUGGAGAGAUCAAUGAAAAGAGGAGUUAUAGAGUCUGGUUUGUGUCGAGGAGAAAGGAGAAGAGGGAGGGGUACAUUGAAGGGGAGAUCAUUUGGGUGCACAAAGGGGAGAAAGACCACAGGGUGAGGAGCCCUUUAUCGGUGAAAUGGACAGCAUGA